AAGUUACCGACAUUGUCUGUCAUAUCUCAUAACACGUGGUAACCUAAAAAUUCGGUUAAAAUAUUUUUUAAUUUAAAUAAAACGAAUAAAAAUGCAGCACGACGAUGUUGUUUGGAGUAUCAUCAACAAAACAUUUUGUUCACAUAAAGUAAACACAAAAACCCAACGUUUUUGCCGAAAUGAAUAUAACCUAACUGGUAUGUGUAACAGAUCAUCAUGUCCUUUAGCAAACAGUCAAUAUGCAACGGUACGAGAAGAAAAUGGAAUUAUUUAUCUUUACAUGAAAACAGCGGAAAGAUCUGCUUUUCCAAAAAAGCUUUGGGAAAAAGUGAAAUUAUCGCGUAACUUUGAAAAAGCGAUCCAUCAAAUUAACGAAAAUCUUUUAUACUGGCCAGGUUUUAUCAAAUCGAAGUGCAAACAGAGAUUUGUUAAAAUAACUCAAUACUUAAUCCGAAUGCGUAAAUUAAAACUUCGCCGCCAAAAACUUUUAGUUCCAAUACAAAGAAAAAUCGAGCGAAGAGAACGAAGAAGGGAAGAUAAAGCUUUGGUCGCAGCCCGUAUUGAAAAGGGUGUCGAAAAAGCACUUUUAGAACGGUUACAAAAAGGUGUUUACGAAGAUUUAUAUAAUAUUCCUCAAACCGCAUUUGAUAGUGCUUUACGCGAAGAUGAAGUUGAAUCAGAAGAGGAAGUCGAACGAGAAGAGGAGUUCGAAGUUGAAAAUGAUGGGCCACAAUUUGUUGCUGCCGAUUCGGAUUCAGAAGAAAGCGAUAGCGGAAAACCUGAAUUAACAGAUUUAGAUAGUAAUUUUGAAACUGAUGAUUCAGAUAUAGAGGAUAUUCAAGGGCCUAGUUCGUCUAAAAGUAAAAAAGAUGGGAAAGGUGGUAAAUUUACAAAGAAAGGUGGAAAAAGUAAAUCAAGAAUUGAAAUUUCUUAUGAAAUGGAACACGAAAAUGUUCAAACCGGUAGAGUUAGUUAAUUUUUUUAUACAAGUAUAUUUUGAUGCAAUUAA